UAAUCCUGCUCACUAGCCGAAACAAAAAUGAAGAAAAUUUCUCUCUACAUUAUGCUACUUUGUUGUACAUAAAAAGAUACAAUACAGAUAAAUGACAAUGGAGAUACAAGUAGUUGUGCUACGUCCCAAACCGGGAUCCUUACAUCAUCACCACGAGUUCCGGCCCAGGCUUUAUGACAUCCUACUCAUAGACACCCCAUUACCAACUGAUAAAACAAAGACUUUGAAGCAGCUGCCAACUCUGAAAGUGCCAUCAAACCAAGAGCCAUCCUCAGCAAUACUCAGCCAUGUGUACCAGAUCACAGGCGGGUCUAAUGGAGGUGUGAAAGGUCAAAGGGUGCUAUAUGUUCCUCCUCCCACAAUGAACUCGAGGGGGUCAGUGACAAUCACAGAGUCCACAGUUCUACAGUCACAGUAUGGACUUUACUUUAUGCCCGUGGAUUCAAAAUAUAAAUUAAACUCCAUAAUUGGCAAUACCUCCCCCACCCCUGCAGGAUUCUAUGCCCUUGACUUUGUACUAGACUCCUGCAAUACAAGCAACUAUGCCCAGGUCAGCAAGCUAAUGUUACAGAGACUGGAGAGCUGGUUAAAAGACAAGUUGUCAUCACCACAUUGUUUCAAUGUAAUGUUCGCCACAUCAGCUCAAGACAGAUUGAAACGCACAGUAAACAACCCAGCAUUUGAACCUGUCGAGAUGCCUUAUGGUGCCCACCACCCCAAAUAUGGGAAAGAUGCAUUUAUUAAAAUGCGAGCAGUAGAAAAGUGUGAUAUUGUUAUACAGAACCAAGCUUUCAGAGAUAGAAUGCGCUCGAGGCCACAGAAUGAGCGAAGGGUUCCCCCUGCGAUACCUUCUACAAGUCAUGACGUCACACAAAUGCCAAAAUCCCACAACAGCUUCAGAAGCAAUUCAAGCUGGAAAGAAGAAUUCCCCCUCCACUACUGUUCUUACAUGGGAGAUACCAAGGGAGUGAGGGAUAUCCUUGCUAGUGGAAUAUCAGCCUCACAGAAAGAUAGGGAUACCUGGGCCCCUAUACAUUACGCUGCUUGGCAGGGCCACUUAGAUGUGAUAAAAGUUCUCUUAGUAGAGGGACAUUGCUCUCCAAACAUCACCAACUCUAAUUUAUCAACCCCUCUACACUUUGCCAGCAUCAAUGGUCGACCGUAUGUAGUAGAACUACUUCUCAACCAUCAAGAUAUAGAUAUAAAUGCACGUGAUGUAGAGAAUAAAACAGCCCUGAUGGCAUGUGAGAAUGUUGAGCGAAGUGAGCACAAAGCAUGUUCCAAGCUGCUCCGACAAUCAGAGCGUGAGCAUAGGAGUCGACCUGCUCCAAAAAUAGAAAUCCGUCUGCUUGACAAUACAGUACGACAGCUCCACCUAGUGUCAGGUCACAACACUACAGUGUUACAACUACAUGAGCAAAUGCUUCAAGUUCUUGAAAUACCAGACAGCUGCAAACAUAUGUUUGCGUUAUGGCUUUGUUCAAAAAAUUUACAUUUACAACUAAAAAUGGAGCAUAAACCAAUGGAGCAUAUUAAAGACUGGCGGGAAAAAGUUGUACGAGUUUUCUCAGAUUUCAAUCCUGCGGAGGAGGAACCUGUACUCUAUUGGAGACGUGAUGCAACUCUGAGCAUCGUGGAGGAACGUAAGGUGAAAAAUAAGACUGCCCUACAUCUGCUUUACUAUGAGGCCUACCACAAUUAUAUUGAAUCCCUCUAUCCCUGUGCCGACCAGGAUGCCAUCAUAUUAGGUGCCAUAUUAAUGCAGAUACGAUUUGGUGAUUUCGAUAGUAAGAAGGCCAAAGAAAUUGAUAAGAUUCUCCCUGAUCUGAUACCUGUGGGAAAACGAAAAAGUCGAAGCGUGAACUAUUCUGCUAGAAUCACAUCACAAUACAAAGACUUCAGUGCCUAUAUGAUGAGGAAGAAGCGAACUACAGAGGUCCUUCAGCAUAAGUUUCUGACCCUAUGCUGGAACCUUACUGUGUAUGGAUCAGCAUAUUUCCAUGGUCAUGUCAAGAUGAAGGAACGUAAGAGCCUCGUCCCUGUACAUAUUGCUGUCAAUGAUCUGGGUAUUCAUGUUAUACACACUGAGAAAAAGUAUAUGCUGAAUAGUUUUUCCUACAAGGACAUGGAGUGGUCUGGUAAGACAGAAGACCACACAUUGGUCUUACAGUUGAAGCAACAGCCCAAGGGAGGUAUGCUCCUCAGGACAAAACAGAGUGGUCUAAUUUCACACCUGAUGUCAAAGCUGUCACAGUUAAAUCCCUCGUCCAACCCAUAGUCAGCCUGAUAUGGCUACCAUCGGGUUAAGAACUGAAUGCUUAGCUUAUAGCCAAGUACUGCAUGUAAUAUGCACCACCAAGCCAAUGUCUUUCAACUAUGACACAAUGAACACAUGAUAUUUUUUACACUCAGUCAGGAUCAGCAUAUUCAACAUCUUGUAACAUAGCAGACUUGGAAGUGACAAUUAGUUACUUCUCCCAAUGAAUAUGCAUUGGAUUUAACAAUUAUAUCAAGCACUGGACAUGACAGAUGUUGCUUGUGUUGAAUUGGAUACAGUUGCUCUCAAGUGUUGGGUAUGAUAAUUGCUCCAAGCACUAGAUAUGAGAAUUACUCCAAGCAUCACAUUGGAUAGGAUUGCUCCAAACAAUCAUUGGAUAUGACAAUUACUCCAAGCAUUGGAUAUGACAAUUGCCCCAAGCAAUUAGUCACAAGACAAAUAGUGACAUACAUUGGAUAGAACAGUUGUUCCAAGCAAUUGAUAUGACAAUUACUACAAGCAUUUUUAUAUGACAUUUGCCUAAAGCAUUGGAUAUAGCAAGCAACUGCACCAUGUAUUGGAUAUGACAAUUACUCCAAGUAUUGGAUGUGACACCAGUGCCAGUUUUCUAGGCCUAUAUGACUGUAAGUCAAAAGUUUUAGAUUUUAAAUGUUGGAGUUCAAGAUGACUAAAUCCAUUGGAAUCCAUGUAAUUCUUGUUUAUUUUCGAUUUCGCUUUCAGUCAAAUAAGAAUGACACCAUGGAAUUUCCUUCAAAUAGGAUUUUGUCAAGUUCAAGCCAACAAUUUUGUUUCGAUAUGCACGGCAAGUAAUCCAGAAUAUUUUUCUGCAAUGUGUUGUGCCCCCAUGAUCGGCCAACACAAGUAUGCUGCAUCACCCUGGGCUGUCUGCCUGUUAUAUGUAAUACCAUAAGUUCAGCAUGAUGUGUAGUCUAGCUACAAGCCCCUUUG